AUGGAGUGCGCUUUUGACUUGAAGCCGCUGUUCGAGAAGGACAUCAUCAAGGUGCGAUCGGACCUGCUGCCCGAGGGCUUCGUGGGCAGCCCCGAGGCGUGCUGCGAUGCCAAGCGCAAGCUGGGCUGGAUCAUUGACAGGAUCGGGCUGCUGUCGGCCCAGGCGCAGGGACUGCACACAUCGGUGACCAGUGCCCGGCAGAUGAAUGGCAAUCAGACGAUCUACCUGAUGGCCGGCAAGGCCAAGGAGGGCGGCAAGCUCGUCGUCACCGGCCUGCUCAAGAUGGGCCCCAAGGAUCUCUACCUGUUCGACGAGCGCGGGCAGCUGCGCAGCCGCAUCGGCACUCCGGCCGUGCUCGACUUCUUCGUGCACAGCGCCCAUCAGCGCCGCGGCCUGGGCAAGCGCCUGUUCGACAAUAUGCUGCGCGACCUCGAUCUGACCCUGUGCAAGUGCGCCGUGGAUCGCCCGUCGGCCAUGAUGACAGCCUUCCUGGCCAAGCACUACGGCCUGGUGCGCACCAUCGCCCAGGCCAACAACUACGUGCUCUACGAUGGUUUCUUCGGCAACAGCGAUGCCGAUGCCCAGGACAUACCCAACACCAGGUUCGUGCGACGCCCGCGGGCAGCCGCCAAGCCCGAGCUGGAGCACAAGGUGCUCAGCAUGGCCGAGAUUAUGGAGGCGGGCAAUAGGCAUUCGCGCGACAGCAGAACCAUCAUCAAGCGCAGCGGAGAUAGCAGAAGCUGGCAGUAA